CAAGAAAGAACAAACAAAACAACAGAUCUUGAAGAGAGAAGAGACACAGAAGUUUUCAUUAUCAAGCUAGUGCAAAAGGAAGCUUUUACUGAGGAAAUACAGAAAAUCAGAUCUCAGAAGGAAAAUUCUCUGCACAAGCAUGACAGACUAAAGCAACUAAAUGCUUUCUUGGACAAGUCCGAUGUUCUCAGGGUGGGAGGAAGAUUGUCCCAAUCAGCCUUGCAUCAUCAUGUCAAACAUCCCGCAAUUCUUACCAAGGAGUCCCAUGUAUCAGCUCUCCUCGUUAAACACUACCAUGAACGUGUACAUCAUCAAGGAAGAGGCAUGACCAUAAAUGAAUUGCGUGCAAAUGGCAUAUGGAUUUUAGGAUGUGGAAGUAUGGUUUCUUCGCACAUUUACCACUGUGUUAAAUGUAGGCGAUAUAGAAAGACCACAAAUGUCCAACAGAUGGCAGAGUUACCAGAAGUAAGAACAAAAACAGCACCUCCUUUUACAUAUUGCGGUGUUGACUGUUUUGGCCCAUUCAUGGUAAAGGAAGGAAGAAAGGAAGUCAAAAGAUAUGGAUUAUUGUUCACCUGCUUAUGUUCACGAGCUGUGCAUAUUGAAACACUUGAUGACUUAUCAACUGAUGCUUUCAUGAACGCUCUUCGGGUUCUGAUUGCCAUAAGAGGUCCUGUUCGACAACUAAGAUGUGACCAAGGGACAAAUUUUAUGGGAGCCAGAAGAGAGUUUUUGGAGCUAAUGAAGGAUAUGGACCAAGAACCACAAAGAGCUAUUGGUUGCGAGUUUGUGAUGAACGUUCCAUCAGCUAGCCACAUGGGAGGCAUCUGGGAACGGCAAAUUCGAACAGUACGAAGCAUACUAACAGCAAUGUUAGAUAAAUUCUCAAACAGACUUGAUACAACUAGUCUAAGAACGCUCUUUUACGAGACAAUGGCCAUCAUUAACAGUAGACCCUUAAGUGUGGAGUAUCUUAAUGAUCCCUUGGGUCCAGAGCCUUUAACUCCCAAUCACCUAUUAACAAUGAAGUCUUCAGUUAUUCUCCCCCCUCCAGGACAGUUUUGCAGAGAGGAUUUGUACUUGAACAAAAGAUGGAGAGGAGUACAAUUUCUAGCAAACGAGUUUUGGCAAAGAUGGAAACGAGAAUAUCUGUUAAAUCUCCAACAGCGACAGAAAUGGCAGAAAGUUUCACGGAACCUCCACAUUAAUGACAUUGUGAUCCUACAAGAUGAUAAUGCUCCAAGAUGUAAAUGGAAGCUAGCUCUAGUAGUAGAGACUCUAGAGAGCCCAGACGGCAAGGUUCGAAAGGUGAAACUAAAGACAAGUGAAACGACAUUUGACAAAGGAAAACCACUGACAAGGUUGAUAUAUUUAGAAAGACCUAUUCAUAGGGUAGUGACGUUACUUGAGACUAAUACAGAGUAAAACAGACUUUAAUUCUGACAUUCAUUGAAAAAUCACAUUGAAACAAAUUAGUGAUUUUGGUGGGAGUGUAAGUGACAGUGAAAUGAUUUAUUUCUUGGAAAAAUGUAUGUUUAUUUCAGAUUAUGUAUUUUAAGUUGUUUAGUUCAAAUUUUGAGGUUUAUGUAAAAUUAUUGUAUUUUAUUUCUUUUGAAACUAUUUGUUGAAAAGUUAUCGCGAGAUUUGCGUAUAUAAGAAAGGUAGCGAGAUUUGCAUGAGAGAAGGAGCAGAAAUCUGGGAAAGAGUAGCAGUCUCGUAUUUGCUGUAGCUGAAAAGGUAUUGUAUUUAUGUUUGUAAUAUUUUGUAAAUUUAUUGGUUAUGGUGUUUUAAUUACUUAAUAUUUAAUUUAGAGUGGACAAAGAAGAAUUAGUCUAUUAAAGACCUCCGAAGUGGCAGGCGGUCACGAGUUUUCACGGCAUUUAUUAAAGAGCCCGUUUUGAAGGAAGCCGUGCCAGUGUUGUCACUUUGGAGCAACAUGGAGG